AUGCCGCGCUUAGUCAGCAGCAGAGGCGAUCAUCUCAAGGUUCAAGUUCGUCUUCCAGCGGACCAUGUAAUAUCUACUCUCAGUUUUGCGGACCAGCUUCGAGGUGCACAACUGAAGAAGACUACUGCUGCUAAAGACGUUCGUUCAGUCUCCAUCGCGGAUCCCUCUUCGGUUUCAGCCCCUAGCGUUGCUGGAUCCUCUCACGUUGAUCUACUAUCGGAACUAGCCGCAACCUUCAACAGGAAGAAAAUUACCCAAGCCAAAGCAGAUGCAGCCGACUCCAAAUCCAAUGCCAGCAACGUUCAUCGGAUAGCGGAUUGCCGCAAAAACACAGGGAAUGUACCGCGUAAAUGGGAACCAGUAAAAGCGAAUGGUAAUACAGACAGUCCCAAAACGCACAGAAAAAUUCCAUCGGGUUCUUCGAUCUCCUCACAAGAAGAAAUGAAGGCAAAUGGAACGUUGGCUGGAGCAGUCAUAACUCCUGAAUUUCUCGAAAGGUACCGUUCUUAUCGUUCCGAGAGCCUGCAUUUUCUAUCUUACGGCGCAGCAUAA